AUGGAAAUUAAGAAACGCACAAAAAUAAUAGCCCAGCAACUUCGACAGAUGCAAGGACAUUUAUGGGGUUUAAACCCAUACAUCCAAAAGACUCUCUAUUUGACCGUGGCAGAAAAAAUCGCAACCUACGGCGCAGCAAUAUGGGCCAACCCCAUGCAGGGGAGAAAGGUACGACAUUUACAGAGCUUACAGCGACCAUUCCUGUUGAACAUUACGAAGGCAUUCAAGACCACUUCAACGGCGGCCCUAAAUGUCAUAUCAGGGAUUAUGCCUCUACAUAUCAGCGUAGAGCGAGAAGCAGCGCAGCAAUUAGUGAUCCAGCUGCACAAAAUGGCAACAUUCGGUGAUGUCAUCUAUUCACCAGAAGACCUAGAGCGGGAUUAUGAUCUAUUGGAUACCCACCCAGCAAUGCAGUGUAUAGGAGUUAAUGUGAACCUGGAAAACAACGAACCAAAGACCAACAGGUACAUUGAAUUGUAUACAGACGGAUCGAAAUUAGAUGAGAACGUUGGCUGCGCGUAUGCUGUUAUACAGCAGCACAACAUACAGCAUACGUGGAAAGGUCAUUUACAUGCAAAUAAUAGCGUUUUUCAAGGCGAGGUCACAGCGAUCGCACAGACCCUGCUCUACGUAACUAGGAAGAAAAUAUGCAAUGUCUUUACAUCACAGACUGCCUCUCAUCCCUAUAUGCUAUCCUAA